CUGGAGCGGGGCCAGGGGGAGCCGAGCAGACUCACCCCAGGAUGUGGACCCUGAGUGGGGGGAGAGAGAGAGGCUGCUCUGGCUCAGUCACCUGAGGGCUCCACCCCUGGACAGCCAGGGCAACAUACUGCCCCCUAGUGGCUUUAAACGGUGUGGACGAUAUGGGCCGCAGACAGAGGACCCUCAGACAGGAAUGACACACACCUCCACCACCCAAAGCCUGCCCCUGCCGCCUCUCCUCAUGCUCCGCAGACACACCCUCUGCUACCGGUUACCUCGGAAACGACCCCCGGAGCAUCUGAUUUGCCCCAUGAAGGGCAGAGCAAAGACUUCCUGAACACUCACCCUGACAAAGAUGAGGGUGGUGCUACUACCUUCUCAUCGUCGACAUGCAACCCCAACCUGUGGAAUAUGUUGCAUGCAGCCGAGACCAGAUGGAGCGAGCAGUCUCAACCGUCCAACGGAAACGGGGCCGAGGUGUCCGUUGGGGCGGGAGAGACAGUGAUCGACGCGCUAAAUAUGGAGAGGCAAAUCCAGUUUGCUGAUCAGAAGCAGGAGUUUAAUAAACGUCUCACUAAGACCGGUCGUCGCUCCCUUUCCCGCUCCCUCUCCCAUUCCUCCACAGACAGCUACAGCUCAGCUGCGUCGUACACAGACAGUUCAGAGGAUGAGAUGUCUCCUAGAGACAGGCAGCAGAGGAGCUCUAAGGGACAUCAAGACUUCUGCGUCAAGAACAUCAAACAGGCCGACUUUGGACGCAGGGAGAUCGAGAUUGCUGAACAAGAGAUGCCAGCUCUGAUGGCCUUGAGAAAGAGAUCAGGGGGCGAAAAGCCGCUGGUUGGUGCUAAAGUAGUGGGCUGCACUCACAUCACCGCUCAGACCGCUGUCUUGAUGGAGACUCUGUCUGUGUUGGGGGCUCAGUGUCGCUGGGCAGCCUGUAACAUCUACUCCACCCAGAAUGCUGUGGCUGCAGCUCUGGCUGAGGGAGGCUUCUCUGUGUUUGCAUGGAAGGGGGAGUCGGAGGAUGACUUCUGGUGGUGUAUUGACCGCUGUGUCAGCCUGGAGGCCUGGCAGCCCAAUAUGAUCCUGGAUGACGGGGGAGACCUGACCCACUGGAUCUUUAAGAAAUACCCCAACAUGUUCAAGAUGAUCAAGGGAAUCGUGGAAGAGAGUGUCACAGGGGUUCACAGGCUGUAUCAGCUGUCCAAGGCAGGGAGACUGUGUGUCCCUGCUAUGAACGUCAAUGACUCCAUUACUAAGCAGAAGUUUGACAACCUCUACUGCUGCAGGGAGUCCAUACUGGAUGGAUUGAAACGCUCUACAGAUGUGAUGUUUGGGGGAAAGCAGGUGGUGGUGUGUGGCUAUGGAGAGGUUGGUAAAGGUUGUUCUGCCGCUCUCAAGGCCAUGGGCUCAGUAGUGUCUGUCACGGAGGUGGACCCCAUAUGUGCCCUGCAGGCCUGCAUGGAUGGCUUCAGACUGGUCAAGCUCAAUGAGGUCAUCAGACAGGUGGACCUGGUCAUCACCUGCACAGGCAACAAGAAUGUGGUAGCAAGAGAGUACCUGGACAGGAUGAAGAACGGCUGCAUCGUCUGUAACAUGGGACACUCCAACACUGAGAUAGACGUGGUGAGUCUGCGGACCCCAGAGUUGACCUGGGAGAAAGUGAGAUCACAGGUGGACCAUGUCAUCUGGCCCGAUGGCAAGAGAAUAAUCUUACUGGCUGAAGGUCGUCUGUUGAAUCUGAGCUGCUCCACAGUGCCCACCUUCGUCCUCUCCAUCACCGCCACCACACAGGCCCUGGCUCUGAUAGAGCUUUACAACGCCCCAGAGGGACGAUAUAAACAAGACGUCUACCUUCUGCCCAAAAAGAUGGAUGAGUUUGUGGCCAGUCUCCACCUGCCAACAUUUGAUGCCCACCUCACAGAGCUGACGGAUGAGCAGGGCAAAUACCUGGGUCUCAGCAAGACCGGACCCUUUAAACCAAACUACUACAGAUACUAAUCUAUGGUAGUGAAGACCAAAGACGUACCAUACCAUCCCAAAGACUGGCUCAGAGGGAAGGAGGACCAGGAGACCUGGCUCAGAUUUGUGUUUGUGGGGGAACUAUAGCCCAGCACUGACGGGUAACACCACAACCAUGAUGUCUGACUGACCUUUAACCCCUGUCCUCUGACCUCUGCUGAGCCAUCUGACCUCGCUGGAGGGCCGUCAUUGGUCUGAGAGAAUUGAUAUGCUGAGAAGCUCUUUUUUUAAUGUACAUAAAGUAUUAUUGUGAACAGAAGCAGAAAUGAUCAUUUCCCACCAGAUUCAUAUCCCAAGGCCAGACUCAGUUGCCGGGUUUGAGUUUUCUAUUUUACAUUAUUUGUAUCUGUUGUCUGAAGUGGCGGGGUUUGGAGAAGGUGUAUGUUAUUUAGUGGAACAGAGGAACACAGAUUAUCUAAUAAAAAUAUAAAUACAUCUUAUUUUCAAUCUUUCCAAAGAUAUCUAAAUAAUGUUUAAACUUUCUGAAUGUAAACAAAGCAGAUAAGUAAUAACAAAUAGGUUAAAGUUGACCAAAUGUUACAUUUUAUCAUAUUUUUUUCUGCGUCUUUUCCAAAGAUAAAGUUGUGACCCAGCUGCAAGUCAGUCUCAUUAACUCUGCCUAGUGGUUAGAGCAUUGGACUAGUAACCGAAAGGUUGUAUGUUCAAAUCCCCGAGCUGACAAGGUACAAAAUCUGUUGUUCUGCCCCUGAACAGGCAGUUAACCCACUGUUCCUAGGCCGUCAUUGAAAAUAAGAAUUUGUUCUUAACUGACUUGCCUAGUUAAGUAAAGGUAAAAAAAACAAUAAUAAUACAAUUUAAAAAACAGCGUCUCUGUAGUUCUAACUAUGCCCAAUAGGUGGUGCAAUGAAGCUAGUCAAAGAAGUGUAGCGGCUGUUCUGUGGAUGUUUCUGGAGUUUGGUUACUCACACACACACACACACACACACACACACACACACACACACACACACACACACACACACACACACACACACACACACACACACACACACACACACACACACACACACACACACACUUACAGGAUACAGUGGUAGAUGGACCUGUGUGUUUGUUUAGGUCUUCCCUCCUGACCUGUAGAUAAUAUGUGGGGUGAGGAGAUAGACUGAUCCAGAGUCAUUACUUUACUGUACGUGCCCUUCUGGAUGGGAGAGGUGAUAGCAGAGCCAAUGUUAUGACCUGUCCUGUUUUACCAUACCUCCUGGCCCCUCCUAAUAAAAUACAUAGUUGAAUUAAACUUUCUUUUUAAAAACGUGUUGUUUGCUUUAACACUGAUGUAUGUAUGACAUUAAGGCCAUUUAAAGUUUAAAUUACAUAUAAAAAAAGAAUUGUCUUGUUAAAUUAAACAUGGCUCAAGUUAUUAUGACUGACAGGGUUGUGUAUACCUAUCAUGUGCAUCAUGAAGUCACGUCUCUUUUUUUACCGCCAUUUCGAAUGAGUAGUGGGUGGAGCGUUAGUUAAACACAACAGUGUGCCUCGGUGAUCAGUAGGCCUGGAUACCUUCAAAAUAGAUAUUAGAAAUUGGUUUAAAAAGAAUGCAUUAUCUGCUGCAACAAGUGCCGCUCAAAUUCCACUCGUCCAAGCCACUGCUACGGUUGCUGGCGAUCACGGCAAGAGUUCAUUUUAUUAGUAUUAUAAUGUUUCUUAGGACGAAUGAAUAAUGGAUUUCUUUGUGAUGGUGUAUAUUAAAUUGAUUUUUUUUAAAGACGCCCACCCACGUCCCACACUCCCACUCGUCAAUCGUGGUGCCGGCAUUAGCGCAUGGGAGGUGUAAAAGACUUAUGCCGGCAAUAUGUGGUAGAAAUGUUGACGUUUUUUACAUGCAGCAUACGGAAAUUCUUCUGUGAACUAGAGGCAAAUCUUUUGGGAUGAUUCCCAAUCUACUUCAUUACUGUCGGAAUUAUUCUUGCCUUGGUUUGCACAUGUAAUCAAAGAUUUGCAUUGGCCUAUUAUAAAGGAUAUGUCGAUAUGAACAGCUAAGAGGAGUGUUGUUAGUAAAAUAAUUUACAUUUAUUUGAAAUCUUACUGUAUUUCGCCAUUUUAUGUAGUUAGGCCAUGCAUACUACAAAUUAGAGUUAGAGAUCAAUGUACCAUUAAUGAGGAAGUUAAUGAGGAAGCCUACAGAUCACCAACAGGCCAAAUCAGCACGUAGAACAUGGCCAGGAGUAUGUUGGCCUAUGUUGUGCCUUUUAUUAUGUUUUUGGAAUGCUCUAUAACAAUGGGAAUUAAAAUUCCAACCCCA